GCUAACGAGAAAGAUUGCCCUCUUGCUCAGUACACUUCGAGAAAGCCCAUUGCUGGGUGUCUCUGCGGUGUGCACGAGAAAGGGUAGUUAUUACACGCCAAAUCCCCGACUCCGUCGCGUUUACAACAUGUUAAUAAGUUUUACUCGCGUCAACAAAUCGACCAAUAUAUUCAGUGUGUUCAGUAUACGAAAGAAAAUUAAUAGUGCUAGACAUUUGUUACCCUCUUGAUCGUAAGCGGGAGCUCCCAAGCCCGCCUCUUUGGUUGUUAUACGUAUUUUUGUUUGUUUCUUCGUUAAUUUGUUCGUUCAACCUCCUGUCAAGCUACCCAUUGUGCAAUAAUAUUUAUUAUUAAUAGUCAAGAGUGAAGCAGCUGCAGAGCAGAUAAUACACAAGAAUAUCGAUAGUAUUCGGGUGUUACCUACGAAUAGAAUCGUCUUCGUCAACAGCACGAGGCCAAAGAGUGGCGCCAAGAUGCCAGGCAAGGGCUAUAGACGAGGAAAAUACGGCCACCAGCAGGGAGGGGGCAAGCGGGCCGACGCGUACGCCUCGGACGAUGACUCGCAGGGCGACGCGUGUAGCGUGACGAGCGGCCAGUCGGACAACCGUAGCCUCCUGGAGGACGUGGCGAACGACAACAACGAAGUCGACGAGAUAAGCCAACAGGAGAGCUUCGAGGAGGCGCUCAAGGAGGCGAUAGAUGGCCUCGGUCAGAAGAGCGCCAAGGGCCGGCUGGGCUGCUUCCACGGCCUCGAGAAGACCUUUGCGAUCAAGUAUGCGCCCGAGUUUGUCGAGGACCGCAAGAUGACCAUCACCGACUCGAUUGAGAGGAGCCUGCGCAAGGGCCGUGGUGACGAACAAUCCUCCGCCGCGAGACUGAGUACCUUGCUCUGCGUCCAACUGGGUGUCUUUGAGAGCGCCGAGACCGUCUGCCGGGAGGUCAAGUCCACCCUCGUACUUAUUGCCAACGACAACGCUGCCUCUGCCACCGGUAGAUCCGAGUGCUGCUGGGCCUUGGGUAUGAAUUGCUUCCUGGUCGGAGACGACCCGACCGACACCAUCGAGAUCGCCCAGCUCCUGUCCAACAUCUUUGCUGGCUCUUACCUGAAGGGCAACGGUGCUCUACCUACGGUCUCUGUCGAAAUGGCUGCCCUCCACGCCGCGGCCAUUUCAUCCUGGACCCUCCUUCUGACCAUCAUGGCACCAUCGGACGUCUACGCUCUGCUGGGUACCGAGCGGACAAACAACUUUAUGCCUCCCCUCACUCGGCUGGCCGAACUGCUACAGUCGCCUCAUUUGGACGUUCGUCUAUCCGCCGGCGAAGCUUUGGCUGUGAUUUUCGAGCUCGGGCGCGAAUACGAUGAAGACUUUGAGCAGGAGUGGACGCUAGACUUGAUUGAUAUUCUCAAGGACUUGGCCACGGACUCCAACAAAUUCCGAGCCAAGAAAGAUCGCAAGCAGCAGCGCGCCAAUUUCAGAGAUAUUCUACACUACAUUGAAGAGGGCGACAUUCCAGAAACACACAUUAGAUUUGGAUCUGAGACGCUUUAUCUCGAGGGCUGGUGCGCACGAACGCAGUACAACGCGUGUUGUCGAUUGCUCGGCCCGGGCAUAAACGUACAUCUCGCCGACAACUUUUUAUUGCGUAAAAUUUUCCAUCUCGGUGACAAAGUCAUUGAACCGGUCGCAGCGUCACGAAAAACUAGCAAAUUGAAGAGAACAAUGAACGCAGCAGCAUUCAAAGCCCGUACAGUUCAGAGGAGUAAAGCUCGGGACAAGCGCUCAGCUGCCUUUGCUAUAUGAAUUAUUCGGUAAUAAUUUCCGUGUUAUUUAAUUUCAUUUAAGGUGUUUCAAACCAGCCGUGUAAUAUAUAAUUUAUUUCAUUUUUCGAGCAAGGAAUAAUAUUUUAUUUUAUUGGUUUUUGUCUGUCUCUUGGUAUUUAAAAAUCAUUUAGAAUGUUUAGUGCCAUUGUAGUGACCAUUUUAUAAUUUUCACGAAUUGAAGUGAAUAGAAAAUUGAUUUAAAAGAAAUACUUGAUCGAACCUCGUAACUGCCGAAGUUGUCGUUUUCUUUUCAAGUCUAGCAUAAUAAAUGAUGAUAUUUACUACUUUUGUAAACUUGACAUACACGUAUUUGUGUAUAUAAUUUGUUGUAUAUAUAUACAUAUAAUGAGUUGCAAUUUUUAAAACCUAGAUAGAUUUGUUUAACCGCACAUUGGCGAUAUUAUAGUUAAUUUGCUUGCAAAGAAGCAAAUUUGUUUUCUUAUAUAUACUAGAAAAAUUGACAUUGAUUAUUGCAUUGUCUUGUAUUUAUUUUAAAAACAUAUCCGGCAUUUACACGUCAAGUAUAGUUUAUAAAAUGAAAAAUAUACUUGUAUAAUAAACUUGGUACACCACGA